AAAUAGUUUAGGACGUAUCGAUUUUUAUAGAUGUCGCCCGUUCUCUUGACGUCAAGCGAUGUUUAUCAUAAUCACGGUGCCCAACGAGGGGAUACCAUGUUGUGAAAACUAAUGGGCACCUUCCUACAGACUAACUUCCCCGAAGACUACUCGUUAACAACAUGCCAGAUAAAUAGAGGAGGUCAACCAGCUAAUUAAUUAUUUAUGAUAAACAGGUGGAGUUAGAUGCUCUGGUCAGCAGACACAACGUCGAGAGCACUCCUGUCACAAGCAAGAUGUCUGAACUACACAAGAAAUAUUUCUGUCCUCGACUUUUGGAUUAUAUUGUAAUAACAGGUAGCCGCAAUCCAAAUCAUAACAACAAUGUUGCUCAAACUCCAGAAUUACUUCGAAGGUAUCCACUAGAAGAUCACAAAGACUUUCCACUUCCUACCGAUGUGAUAUUUUUCUGUCAACCUGAAGGUUGUAUUAGUGUAGGACCGAAACGAAUGAGCUUGAGGGAAACUACUUCAUUUGUGUUCACAUUAACUGAAAAAGAUUCUGGAAUUGUAAGAUAUGGUAUAUGUGUGAAUUUUUUUAGACCAUUUGAAAAACGCAGCCAUGCAAGUGACUGGCAAAAAAAUGAACGAAACAGCUUAGCCAGCACACACUCUGUUGAUACAGUUAGUUCUACGGAGAGUGAUCGAUCGAAAUCUCCACGAACUCGAAGGAAAGGUGGACCUUCAUGUCGUGUAAGAAACAAUACAUUAACGUCAUUGUGUAUAGUUAGUCAUCAUCCAUUUUUCUCUACUUUUCGUGAAUGUUUGUUUAUUUUACGUCGUCUAAUUGAUGCCUGCCAUGAUAGAAGUUGUACCAGAAGAAUAGGGGGUUCCAAAGGUGUAACAAGAGAUACAGUAUGGGGAGUAUUGACUGGUCAGUGUAGUGACAAUAUUACCUCAUUAGUUAUGCAUGAUAUUAGAGAGAUCGAAACAUGGAUAUUACGUCUGCUUAGUGCUCCCGUUCCUGUACCAGGCAAAACUAGAGUUGAGGUGAAUGUGUUGCCGAAAGAUUUACAAGCACCGUUAUUAUUUGCACUGCCUGAUAAUACAAGAUUUACCCUUAUAGAUUUCCCUCUACAUUUACCAUUAGAAUUAUUAGGUGUUGAUACAUGUCUUAAAGUUCUUACUGCUGUUAUGCUGGAACACAAGGUUAUUUUACAAUCAAGAGAUUACAAUGCUCUAUCAAUGAGUGUUAUGGCCUUCGUGUCCAUGCUAUAUCCAUUAGAGUAUAUGUUUCCCGUUAUUCCCUUAUUACCUACAUGUAUGGCAUCAGCUGAACAGCUACUAUCUGCCCCUACACCAUAUCUGAUUGGUGUACCUGCCAGUUUUUUUCUCUACAAAAAAGGUUUUGUUUUACCAGAUGAUAUAUGGCUUGUUGAUCUAGACUCAAAUAAAAUUCACCCUCCAACUAAUGCGGAACCACUCCCCAAUUUACCAGAUCCUGAGGGUUCAGUUCUAAAGACACACCUUAAACAGGCUUUGGCAAGCAUGAGCAUGACACCUCAGCCAAUCAAAAAUCUUGAUGCACUUGCUCAGAAUGCUGAGAUAUGGCAACGUAGAGAAAGUUUUUCUUCUCAGACUGGCUUCAACCCGUUGAUAUAUGGAAAUGAUGUAGAUUCUGUAGAUGUUGCUACUAGAGUAGCUAUGAUCAGAUUCUUCAACUCCACCAACAUUUUAGGGAAUUUCUGUGAACACACACGCACAUUACGUUUAUACCCGCGACCAGUAGUGGCCUUUCAGUUGUACAGUUUUCUUAAAUCUCGACAGAUUAGAACACAUUUUUCUGUUCGUCUUGCCAGAACACAGGCUGUUGAAUACUAUGCAGAAUGGUCAUUAUGUCCUCAAAAUCUGGUUUAUCUUCGUGUACAGACCGGUGUAUAUGAUCCAUCUUUAAUAGGAGAUAAACCAAAAUGGUAUGCCCACCAACUACAAUCAGUGGAAUUUCACGUCUACGAUCCCAACUCCAGUUUAGGAGCAGCUCUGACAUCUGUAUCGGACGUUCUUAGUGAUGAAAUACCUACAGAUGAAAGUGGUAGUGAUAGUGAAGGUGCAGAGAGUACAAGUUCAUCUUAUUCAUCAUUAAGUGAUUUUGUCACUGAUAUGGUUAAUAGUGAAAUAGAUGGCGAAACACCAGCUUUUCUCCCUGAAAACCAAAUACUAGCAGUAGAUGAGUCGAAGGUAUUCUGUCCUCCUGAUAAACUGCAUGUUCCUGAUGUGAAUGCUACUAACAGUGAUUCCGCAUUGUCUAUGCCUGAAGAUAGUGAUGUAAGUUCGUCAGCCUCUUCAAGUCCUACAUACAGCGAUAAUAUACCUAGAGAUAGGAGUCCUAAAGAUUUAGAGGAGGAUGAAAAUGAUGGUCAUGUAUUCCGUUAUGAUUCUGGGAAUGUAACAGCAACGAGUCUCACACCAAGCCGGAACGAUAAUUUUGGAGCAGGAAGUCCAGCGUCUGUAGAUCUUCCACCAAGAAGUCCUAAAUUACCUUCUUUUACUAAAAGUACUAAUUCUGCAUUUGAUGUGUAUGAAAAGCCCAAACCGUUAUUAGCUCUUAUUCCACCUAAUCCAAAUAUGAUGCGGGCACAGAGAGGAAGUAUUUCUGGUUCAUCUGGACCAUCUGCUAUUAAAGGCAAUUUACGAGUCCCGAGUAUAAGUGAUCAAGAUUCUGACAGAUCCUCCUCCCCAUCAUCUAUCAUAUCUACCAUAAGUAACGAAUUAACAGAUAUGGCCCAGUCAGCUACACAUACAAUGUCAGAAUUAUUUGGUGGUAAUAAACCUGGUAAUAAUAGUACAUCAAACAAACCACCAUCCAAACCUUUUACACCUCUAGGUAAUCGAAAAGCUUCUGUUGAGAAAUCUGGAUUAGUAAAACAUGCAGCUAGUAUCAAGAAAAAAACAGAAGGAAUCAAACCUUCACCAGCUGAUGUUAGAAAUUCUUCAAAUAGUGAAAAUCAACAGUUUUUAAAAGAUGUUGUAAAUUCUGUUAUGGAGGGCCAAGGAACAAGUUGGUUAAAAAUGGGUAAAAUAAAAACUCUUAUGGAAGAUGAAAAUUAUCGCAACUUUGUAGUUAGCCGUUUAAAUAAAAAUCUAGAUAAGAAAUUAACAGAUGAAUCAGUACAUAUAGAUGAUGUGUGUGUACCACGACAAGUGUUCAAAGGAAUGUUAGCGAUGUUAAAAGCUAUAAUACAUGGUCUAGAAAGAACGUUUCAGAAUCAUGGUCUUGGUGGGGCUGCUAGUGCCUAUAUGGUGUUAGAAAUAGCACACACACAUUAUUGGUAUAGAGAACCAUCUGCUUAUAAAAAUGAAUCAAGUUUAACACCAGAUGUGCCGCCAUUUUAUGGUAGCCAUGACAGUUUAACAUCGCGAGAUGAUUAUUGUCAGUCGAUGAUAUCUGAUGCCAAAAGUCUUCAAGAUGACAAUGUGGUGGCUUCUAUAGGAUCAAAACAGAGUGAUUGGUCAUUUGAACGCGAGAGACCAUCUCCUCCUGGAGCCCCUAGCAACGAGCCGUUACAUGAGUUAUCUACCCCUAGUCCCAGUUCUGAAACAGGAUCUCCGGUUAUUGUGAAUGGUGAUGAAUUUGAGAACAUUGAAAUUAAUCGAGAUAUUAACUUAAAUAUGAGAUCUUUAGACAACACAGGUGAUUUAAAUAGAAAUACUCAGAAAGGUCAUAGCUGUGACAUCAUCAUAACAGAUCAUACAGAUAUACCAAGUGCUAAUACACGAUCGGGUGAUAUGUUACAUGAAAUGGUGAAGAACAAAGAACUAAUUAAAACCAGCCGAUUAGAUAAAUUCAGUAGUAUGGAUUCUGAAAUGUCUGAUGCUAGUACAUUAGUUAGUACGAGUUCUGACAAAGACGAUGAUCGUAAGAAAACACGUAUCAAUCAUCAUUCUAUUAGAAGUGCCAUGUCUGAUAGUGAAAUGGAUCCUUCUGGGUCUAUGGUACGUCAGAAUAAGCGUAAUCGUUCCCCUAGUUUGUGGAGUAAUAAGAGUAGUGUAAGUACAGGUUAUAGAUACAGAGAAGGUAAAUUAAUCAGCACAUCAUCAGCUGUAUCCAACACAGAAACUGGCAGAACUUUCCUCUUUGAAGGUUUAUUAGGAAAAGAACGCAGUAGACUUUGGGAUCAAAUGCAGUUCUGGGAAGAUGUAUUUUUAGAUGCUGUGGCCCAAGAAAGAGAUAUUAUUGGAAUGGAUCAAAGUCCUUCAGAAAUGAUGGACAGGUAUUCAUCAUUAGGUGAAAUGGAGAGAAAACGAUUAGAACAUGAUGAAGAUAGAAUACUGUCCACCAUGUUGUUUAAUUUAGUUAGUUUUAUGAUCAUGUUGAGAGUUAAUAAAGUAGAGAUAAAGAAGAAAAUUCGACGUUUAUUAGGAAAAUCUCAUAUUGGUCUCAUACACAGUCAAGAAGUCAAUACUCUACUAGACCAAAUUAAAAAUUUACAUGGUAAUGAUAUAGAUCUGAAACCAAUCUGUAGUAGACAGAUGCAGAAACAAUCAUUUACAGUACAUUGGGGAACAGAUAACUCUGGUGAUAUGCUCUUCAUGGAGGUGUGUGAUGAUUGUUUAUUGUUGAGAAGUGUAACAGGUUCUAUACAUGAUAGAUGGUGGUUUGAGAAACUAGUUAACAUGACCUACUGUCCUAAAACUAAAGUUCUCUGUUUAUGGAGAAAAAAUGGUGAAAAAGUUCAACUUAAUCAGUUUUACACAAAGAAGUGUAAAGAAUUAUAUUUCUGUGUGAAGGAAGCUAUGGAGAAGGCUGCUGCCAGAAACAGCGGCAAGCUUCCUGGUCCUGAACUCGGUGGAGAGUUCCCAGUCCAAGAUCUGAAAACAGGACAAGGGGGACUACUCCAAGUAUGUAUGGAAGGUAUUGGACUUCUGCUGGCUAACAGCAAGUUCUUUAUUGAGCUAGCGCGUAUCAGGAAAUGUUUCACCCUGAAGGGAGGUAUUUUUGUGCUAGAGGAAUUUGAUACCAAAAAUAAACAAAUAAUUCAGCACAAAUUCAAAUCCAGAAUGGCGAAUGAGGCAGCGUUAAUGAUGCACAGAAUAUUUGCGGUUAAAUGGGCAAAGCUACAAAAGAUGCAGAAUAGAUACCCUGAUGAAAAUGGCAACAGUAUGCAAGCUACUUAAAUGCUGACCAAAUGUGUUAUGCAGUCUUAUGUUUAUUUUCCUAUGUAGCAGCAGGGUUAGAGCAGAAGAAACAACAAACUUCCUGACAAAGUCUCCAGCCAAUUUAAUUAUCCUGACAACAAUUCUUCCAAUUUGAGCAUUCGGUAGAAACUUUGCUCAGAUAUUUCACAUAUUUAUUUAAUUGCUCAUUACAUAGAGAGAAAAGAAAUAUAUCUAAAUCUUAUUCGUUAUACUAAAGAAAACAUUUAUCUUUUAUUAAUUAAUAUUAUGUAUUAUAAGAUGAUAUAAAUAUUUAAAAUAUAUAUGUAUACUGUAUUAGUGACAAAGUAUAUAUAUAUCUUGCUUGCUCCAAGCUGAGAUUUAUAUGUCCAAGCUAAAUUAUUUUAAAUACUGUUAUAUUGUAUGUUUGAAUACUAUUUUAAGAAAAAGGUGCUUAAUUAUUAUUUCUGUAUAUUUUGCAUACUGUUUAUUUAUUGUCAGAGAGACAGGUCUUUCUGUGUAUUGUGUAUUUAUUUCCUGUGUUAGACUUAUUAAGUAGAAAGCUUGAGGCCCAAAGGAUUGAUUUCAUGAACAUCACCACCACAUGAUUUCUCACAAUGGCAUAAAGAUGGGGGGGGGGGGGGGUCCACAUGUUCUAACUUUAGUAAAUCACAUUUUGGGAUUACUAGUAGGAGAAUUAAAAUCCAAAAUCUUCUAUGGAGCUGCCCCCUUUACAAUAUCCACAUCUGGACUGUCGUAUUAAACAGCACAGGCAUAUAGUAUUCAUAUUAAGAGCGGUUACCUCUACAGAACCAAUGGUGAAUACACAAUUAUGAGAUGUGAAAUAUUAAAACUCUCUCAGUUGUGCAAGGCUAUGCUGGUCAUGGUUCAAAAUUUUUACAGCACAACCAAUGCCUCUUGCUUUCUCUUAAAAAUUAGUAUUGGAAUUUACAUGUUUGUUUCAUAUUGUUGUCUUAUUAGAGUCAAUUAGAUUUUAUUUUUUGGAAUCUCAGAUUGUGAAAUCCGUAAUAUGUUUAAUUUAAAUCUAAAAUGGACAAGUCUGACUCGGCACACUGAUGCAUAAUAAAAUUAAUCUUGAUACAUAUGAUGUAUAUAAUUAAGGCCAAACCAAUGUAAUUUUCUGUUCUUCAAUGGUCUUGAUAAAUAAAUAGCCACUUGAAUCAUACAAAAGAUGUUUAGUUUAAAAUUUCAAAAAUUUGAGACUAAAAGCUUUUGAACUGUUUUUGUUUUUAAAUUGGUCCCUUUCCCAAAGAAAAAAGAAACAUAAACAGGGGUUCCUGAAGAACAGAUAAUCAAAUUGGUAUGGACUGACUUUUUGGAGAAGUUUUAAGAUCCACGUCCAGAAUUGUGUCAAAAACAAAUUGAUAAAUAUAUUGACUGGGACUUAUAAUAAUGGUGCCUUGGUUUAGUGUUCGCAUACAUUUACCCAUUUUUCUGUAUUAAUUUUCUGUUUUAUUUGCUUGAUUGAAAACAUGAGCAUUUAGCUUAAACUAACUGUAAGGUACACCAGAUUAUCCUGUCCUAAAUUUGUAGAAUCAUUAGAGACUAGAAGUUUGGAUAUAUUCAGUUUAAACAUAAUGUAUUUAUUAAUAAACUAACAAUGUUUCUUUAAAUUAUCAAUUGUGAUGUUGAUAAAUUUCUUAAUUAUAUAAAUAAUAGACAUAAGGAAAUAUAAAUAUAUUAUAUUUUUGUCGAUUUGCCUUCCAUUUUCUCAUACCACUGGAUUUGAAUUGUGUAAUUAUGAAUUAUUGUUAAAAUAUUACUGUAAAUAUUAUAUAAAUAUAUAUUAUAAGUAGUAUAUAAAUGCAAUGUAGUUAAAUCAAUUGUAUAAUUGUAGAAAAUUUUUAAUUUGCAAAAUCGACUGUAAGAAUUUUGUGUGAUAUUGGACUUUUCUAUCUCUGCAUGAAUUGACUGUUUCUUUCAAUAUUAAACUAACUAAAAUUUUGUGAUUUUCAAGAAUUUUUCUAGUAUUUUGUCUGUUUAAUUGAAGAACGUUCCAUUUACAACUUUGAUAAAUUUUGAAUUCUGAUAUAUAUAUAAAAAAAAAACAAUUUUAAUUCCAGUUGUAAAUUAUUAUUAACUGAUUUAAUUGGAGAAAUUGUGUAUUUUAAGAUGUUAUUGUUUUGUUAAGAAUUCUAUAGAUUUUGAUUAAUCUUGAAUUUGUUUGGGAAGUUUUAUAAUGUUAAAAAUUUGUGUAAUGAUCACACUUUGUUGAAAUAUAACAGUCAGCUCCUUCUAGUCAUGGAAUAAGUGUAUAUAUAAUGAAGCCCAAACUAAUGUAAUAGUUAGUUUUUCGGGAUAUAUAAAUAGGCAUUUGAGAUUGGUGUAUGAUGUUUUGUUUAAUAUGUCAAAAAUUACAAUUUUUGGGGUUAGGGGUAGAUGGUCUAGUGGGUUAACACGUCCAUAUGGAAUCACAAGGUCUGUCAUUGAGUCAAGUGGGGUGGUUUUGAUUCACCACUUGAACUGGACAAGAAUUAGGGUCGUCUGUCGAACUUCGUGGGUUUUCUCUGUGUCCUCUGGAUUCCUUCCACUGCUAAAGACCCCUAGGCUCAAACAUUAUUGAAAUAUAAUUGAACCAUAUGUUAAACCCCAUUCUCUCUCUCCCCAAAAUUGUAAAAGGUGUUUCCGAAGGCCAAAAAUUAAAAUUGGUAUGGCCUAACUGUAUUAAUAACAAGCAUAUUAGCAGAAAUAGAAACAAGUUGCUAAAAGAAUUUUUGAGAUUAAAAACUUACUGUACACAGUUACAAAAAGAAGAUAAGAUCAUAGCAUUUAGCCAAAAUGAUAUAGUGCAUUUCUGAAAUUCUAGUAAAUUUGUGGAAUUUUUCACUUCUUGGUUCAACCUUAUGUGAAGAUGAAAUCUAGUCAUAAGACCAAUUUGGUACUUUCGGAUCCUGGUUUUCUAGUGUUAACAAACAACAUGCUUUCUAAGUUACCCAUACAAAAAAAGAAUAUUACUGGCAGGAGAACCUAUAACCGGGGACGAAAAAAAGUAUCACAAGUGGUUGAUUGAAUUAACUUCUUUUUCAUAAGGGUUAAAAAUUGGCAAAAAGCUGUAAAUUCCUACCUUCAUUAUACUUAGGGUAUAGCAAGUACUGCCACUAGAUUGUGAUAUUAACAAAUAUAUUAUUGGGUACGAUUUGAGAUAAAGGUUUUUAUCAGUAUUUAUAAGUUAUGCAAUAUGUUGAAUAUGGUAGACGAAAUAAAAUACAGAUCGAUUGAUUGAUGUGCACUUAGGUUGUGAUAUACAUUUUAAAUAUACUAUUAAUUUCAUUAUUAAAAACUUUAUACAUAUUUCUCAAAUAUCCCAAUCUGAUUAAAACACAGAUCCUAUUUUGUUUCAUUUUUAUAGUUCAAAAUUUUGUUUUACUUGUCUUUACUACACUAGGAUCUGGAAGAGUUGUUAUCAUUGACUGUUCUGAAUGAUGUGAGGGAAAAGCCAAUGAAACGGUCUGUUACGGCGAGGUUUAAGCGUGUUUUGCACGGAACUGUGGGUAAUUCACUAGUAACAUCAAUGCUGAUUGGUUAAUCAAAUGUCUGAGGUCAUAGGGUCAAAAGCUGUUCGUAUGACCACUGACGCGACCUAUCGUUACAACUGGUCAGAUCUUCAUGUAGUGUAGGCCAUCGAAAGUAUAAAAAACGAAACAAAAUAUAGAUCUGUAUUUUAAUAAGAUUGCAAAUAUCCAAAACCAGUGUCUUGAGAAAAUUAAACAACUGGUGAAAAAUUGUUAGGGGAGGUUCUAGACAAUACUAUCCGAGAACAUCCUAGCCAUAUAGAUGUGAACCCUUUUCUCAAUUUGUCUAAUUUGAUCAUAAAUCAGAACAAUAUAAUAUUGCAGUGUAACCUGUUUGAAGAUGCAGUAUGUAAGAUUUAGCUGGUCAUGAUAAUCCAUUCAAUAUCUAAGUCACACAAUGGCCUAAUAUCUAAUUGAUAUUAUAUAGCUGCAAAAAGACCUGCAAUAGGCAGAUAAAAUUCUUACAUAAUGCAUCUUUAAAUUAAACUAGAUUACAUAUUUUAAUAUUCAGACAAUACACAUUUAGCACAAAAAAUCUGGAAUGUGAAUAAUUUUUAAUAUUUUUGUCCGAGAAAAGGAGAUCGGCUUGGAUAAAUUCUAAGUUAGUUCUGGUAAUGUUUUCAGACUUCUAAGGAAAUGUAUGUAGAUAAAAGGAAUAUUUUUUGAGAAAUACUGUAAUACUGUUUUUAAUUUAUAGUUGCAUGUAAUCUGAUAGUUUAGACUUCCAUGUAUGUAGAGAUAGGUGUGAGAAUUAUAAUUUACUGCUUACCGAAAUAUAAUAUAGAAUCACAAAUGGAAUCUUAUAGGACUGUUCAGUCUUGUCUCAUUCAGAGUUUAAACUCUCUUUAGCCCUGAGAAAUAUUCCAGAAUAAGGGUUAUAAAUUUUAAAUAUAAUAAUCAGAAAUAUAGAAUAUAAACUUUAUAACCAGAAAUAUAAUUCUUAGUAUAAAAUUUAAAUUAUAUACAACUAUGCUGUUUAAUCUUAAAUCAUGGAAUUAACCAAACUUUAAAAAGAUUUGAAUCUUUAAUGUCUAAAUUUACCUUCAUUUUCGAAUUAUUUGAUAAUUCAGGAUAAAAUGCAUUUAUUCAUUAACUAAUCCCUUUGAUUAGUGUUGAUAAAAUAUUUAAAAAAUAAUUCUGUUAAAAUAUUAUAACUUCAACAAUUAAAACAGCUAAAUAACACUUUGUGAUAACUUAUUUUAGGGCCCAUAUGUAAACAAAAACACUAACCCGAAAGAUUUGUUUUUAUCUAUUAAAUAAUUUGUUGAAAUUAUACCAAAGUAUGUAGAUCUGCAUGCAACUUCUGUUGAAUUGUUGAAGAUUUUAUAUAAUACCAUCAGUACUUAUCUGUUAUAAUCUCAGUUACUAUGUUAAAUAUCUCUCCUCUUACUUUACCUAAUGUAGUAUAAGAAAUGAAUAAAUAACAUUCCAAUAACUCGUA